AUGGCGCCGAGGAAAAGAAAGGAAGCUGAAACUCCGAAGGAGACGGCAGCAGCUCCGGCCUCUCCGAGGAGGACCCGAAGCUCCUCCGCCCGAGUACCAGCACCAGCAGCAGCAGCGCCCGUGCAUAAGCGCCCGAGUAAAAAAUCCAAGCCCUCCAAAGCCGAGGAUGGGUCAAAAGAAUCAUCGAAACCUGCUGCUGUUGCUGACGUGCCCGAUGCUGUAGGGUCCAAGACCAUCAUAGUCGAAGCCUGCAAACAAUGCACUCAAUUCAAGAAGGCCUUGCUAGUGAAGGAGGGUUUGGAAAAUGGUGUCCCUGGAGUCAUUGUGAAAAUCAACCCAGAGAAUCCAAGGAGAGGAUGCUUCGAGAUACGCGAGGAAAAUGGCAAAACCUUUUUCUCUCUUUUGGCAAUGCCACGGUCUUUUGAAAAGAUGAGAGCACUUGACAUGGACAAAGUUAUUGCUGAUAUCAUCAAGAAUAUUGCUUGA